AUGGAGUCAGAGCAGAUACAGGAGGGACAGAUGCAGGCUGCAGAAAACCCUCACUCUGAGUACGGGCUCACAGACAGUGUUGAGAGAAUAGUUGAAAAUGAGAAGAUUAGUGCAGAAAAGUCAUUGAAACAGAAGGUGGAUCUACAGUCCUUAUGUACCUGUGCAUACCUGGACCAGACAGUCAUGUCUGUGUUAUUACAGGGAUUUGCUGUGCUGGAAAAGGAAAGACCACCAAAUCCCAUUGAGUUUCUAGCAUUUUAUCUUUUAAAAAAACAAGGCACAGUUUGA